AUGCUCGGCGACUCGGCGCAGCAACUCGUUGUCGAGGCGCACCGCUCCCAGCAGACCCGCUCCCUCCUCCCCUACAACACGAGCGGCGUCCGCACCGUCAUCCGCGAGUCGCACUCGCUUUCUCAGUCCAUCACCAACACCGCCGCACCCUUCGUCGGCACCCAAGGCGCGCAACCUACGCCGGGCGUCUCUGCCGAACUCACCAUCUCCGCCCUCGCCUUGAACCGCAACAAGCGGGCGCUUUACGUGUACCACCAGCAGCGCAUCGAUGUCAUCAAGGACAAGUUCUGGGAGAACGGGGGCGUGCUGAGCGCGGCGUUUGGAGCGGAAACCGAGACGAGGCGCAACAUGACCACGACCGACGAAACGUUCGCGAAAGGCUAUGCGGACCUGUGCCUUGCUUUUAAGACGAGCACGUACGGCGGAAGUGCGGCGAAGCGGCGCAUGUACGGCGAAGACGAGGACUCGUACUUGCGGGACUUUGACGAGGACGACGAGGACGACGUCGAGUUCCAGCUGAUGGAGGCCGUCGACAUCUUGAGCGGCGGGACCGACCUCGCGCCGCCUAAGGAGCUCAUGGUGGACGUGCGAGUGGUUAGGGACGUCGGCGAGGUCGAGCUGUUGAGUGGCAACACCCUCAACCUCAAGAAGGGCGCGCAGUACCACCUCUCGCGCGAGGACGUCGAGUCGAUGAUCGUCGCAGGCGACGUCGAGGUCAUCGAGUGA